AUGUUUAAGGUUGUUGGUGAUUCUACUGGUCGCGACAAGUCAACAGUAUCAAGGAUAAUAUCAAAUGUCACGGACAGUAUGGUGGACAUAUAUAUCUCAUCAAUAUUCAUCACCUGGCCAAAUUGUGUUCAACAGCAGGAAAUCAUGCGGGAGUUCUUCACAUCUGCUGGAUUUCCCAACGUCAUAGGCGCUGUUGAUAGCUCCCACAUACGUAUCUUUAUGCCGAAAGAUGGCCACGACUUCAUAAAUAGAAAGAAUUUCGCGUCGAUCAACGUUAUGGCUGUAAGUGACAGCAAAGGAAGGUUUACAUUCCUUGACGCCAGAUGGCCAGGGUCAUCGCACGACAGUUUUAUUUAUCGUGCAAGUGAUCUUGCGGACCACAUGGACGCAAUGAACAGAAGUUGGACUGAUGGCAUUUUAAUUGCUGACAUUGGUGUCAUGAUGACACCAUACAGAGUGGCCGAUACGCAGCAGAAAAUUAGUUUCAACCGGGCACACUCAAGGACAAGAGUUGCUGUGGAAAUGGCUUUUGGUCGAUGGAAGCAUCGAUUCGGAAUUCUACAUGGAGAGGAGCCUGAUGUGGAUGACGUUGUUCCUGUAGCGCCACAGCCAGGCGAAGACUACAGAGGACAGGAGCAGGGGCAGGCCAUAAGAGAUCAUAUUGCUAGAGCAUACUUCACUUAA